AUGUCUUACAACAAGCCCGAGAAGGAUUUCGGCGAGGCGCCGAAAACCCACAAGAUCCGCAUCAGCUUGACCUCCCGCAAGGUCCAGUCCCUCGAGAAGGUCUGCUCCGAGCUGAUCGAGCGCGCCAAGUCCAAGGACCUGCGCGUCAAGGGCCCCGUCCGCCUGCCCACCAAGAACCUCAAGAUCACCACCCGCAAGACCCCUUGCGGUGAGGGUUCCAAGACCUGGGACUGCUACGAGAUGCGCAUCCACAAGCGUCUCAUCGACCUCAACGCCCCCACCGAGAUCGUCAAGCAGAUCAUCAUCAACAUCGAGGCCGGUGUCGAGGUCGAGGUCACCAUCGCCACCUAA